AUGCGAAUCAGCCAGCUUUGGGUCUAUCCCGUAAAGUCUCUCCGGGGCUGCGUCGUUCCUCAAGCCAUGUUGACCAAGGAGGGAUUCUACCUCGAUCGUCGCUUCGUGCUCCUGCAACCAGACGAAGAAAAUCCUGGACAUUGGAAGCAUAUGGCAGUCUCACGGAUAUCACAAAUGGUCCUCUUCCACCCUUCUGUUUCAGGAGACAGACUCACCAUCACCUACCGCCCCCCUGGAUCUGCUCCCGCCGAUCCUCAGACCCUCGAAGUUCCUCUCGAACCGGAAAACCUUGCCCAGCUUCGGAGAGUGGACGUCAAUAUGCAUUCAAGUCCCACGAAAGGCUUCGAUAUGGGUGAGAAGUAUAGCAAAUGGUUCUCAGAUCGCUUCGGAUUCAAAGUUAUCCUCGCAUAUUGGGGAAACAACCCACGUCUUGUCCUCGGAAAUCUCCCGGGCAAACCCACAACCCAGGGACCGAAGCCAAAGAACGCAUUCACGAAAGUCAUGAGCUCGCUGCCAAUCAUAGGCCCUAUGUUAGAGGAAGACGAUGGAGUCAUUGCUUUCAACGACUGUGCACCUUACCUCGUAAUUACCGAACCCUCACUCGCAGACGUUUCCAAACGACUCCCGCCAGGCGUGGAAAUGGACGUCACGAAGUUCCGUGCCAACAUUCUACUCAAAACCUCUGAUCCCGCAUGGGUCGAAGACUUCUGGGGCGAAUUGGCGUUUGGAGAUGGAGGUGCAAAGAUCCUCCUCACAGGAAAUUGCGGUAGAUGUAAGAGUUUGAAUGUCGAUUACAAUACUGGGGAAUCGGGCACGGGGCGGGAUGGAGAGGUGCUGAAGCUGUUGCAGAAGGAUAGGAGGGUUGAUCAGGGCACUAAGUAUAGUCCUAUCUUUGGAAGAUAUGGGUUUGCGAGUAAAGAGUCGGAGGGGAUGGUUUUGAAGGUUGGAAGUGAGGUGAUCUUGAGUAAGAGGAAUGAGGAGAGGACGAGGUUUUAUUGGCCCGGGCUUUCCACAUAA